AGGUCUGAGGUCAUGGGAAAGGGCCUGGGCUGUAGAUGAGAUGAGGAAAGAAGCAGGGAACUGGUCACUAGCAGCUGAUGCUGGGCUCCUUUUACACUUACAAGAGUUUUCCCAGAGAAUGAUAUUGAAAGUCCAUGAGAUUGAAAAAGGUGUAGAUGGACUACUUCAUGACUCCAAGCUGACCUCAGUGAGAGUAAACAAUGUGUUCAAUGACUUUAUCAUGCUAGCCAAUACACAGUUUGUGGAAAACCGUGUGUAUGAUGAAGAUGUGAGCCAGGAGAGUGAGUCUAAGGAGGAAACCAAGCCAGAGGAACAGGAAAAAACUCGAGAACAGAAGGAAGCCGAACUCAUUCCCAAGGUCAAAGAGGCCUUGACCUUAGGCAUCAAUGUCAUCGAUGAUGCAUUUGAGAAACUUGACAGCCAUGUCGCUGACUCUGACUCUGAAGAUGAUGACGAAACGGGAUACAGAGUUGAUCCCAUCUUAGAACCCAAG